CCACCUCCUCCUCCUCCUCCACCACCACGACCACCACCAACACCACCACCUCCUCCUCCUCCUACAUCUCCUCACUCUCUCUUCCGAUCUUGUGUUCACUUAUCGCGUUCGAUCUCUCCUCCCUCUGUGAUUCCCUAGGAAACCCUAUCAUCGGCCUGAUACCACCGCGCUUAGCUUCCCCUCGCAUACUGUCGCGCAGGUCACUGCCGCCGCCUUGGUCGCCGGAGAUACCUGCGCAAUCGGGCAUGGUGUACAGGAUCUCCAUAAGAUCAGGAGUUCCCCAAGCUUAGUGUGAGUUUGACUUGUAUGGGGAUAGGAUGCCUGAGCUGCAAAGUGGAAUGCGACAAGGUCGUUUGAGAUCAAAGAAACUUGAAGAUAUUCCAGCUCCAUCACAGCUCCGAGCAGAAAGCCCGGUAUUGCCGGCCACAAAUCGAAGGCGUGGUGUCGCUGGGAGGGGAAGAGCCUCCAAGACUGCAGCAGUAGCUAAAGUGCCUCGACCAGCACCAGGCCGUCGGGCAGUUGGUGGGAGAGGGAGAGGCAUCCAGCUGAUUGAUUUAGACCCUCCUGAUCAGCCUUGCGAGAUGUUGCCUAGGGCUGCUCUAGGAGGAGUCGUUCAGCCUGUGCCUGGUGUUGCACAGGAUUUCAUUUUGAACCAAGAAGCUGAGCGAAUUCCUGCAAAACUUGCAGAUUUGGCAAUGAAUGGUGGAAGUGCUGAAAAGGCUAUAGGAGUUGAGGAUGAAGCUACUACAACUCCUGUCCCUGAACAGGUCCAAGUAGGUAAUUCACCUGUAUAUAAGGUAGAAAGGAAAUUGGGGAAAGGAGGCUUUGGCCAAGUGUAUGUUGGCCGUAGAGUAUCUGGUGGAACGGAACGAAUGGGUCCAGAUGCUUAUGAGGUGGCUCUUAAAUUCGAACAUCGAAGUAGUAAAGGUUGCAACUAUGCCCCACCAUAUGAGUGGCAAGUAUACAACACUCUUAAUGGGUGCUAUGGAAUUCCUUGGGUUCACUAUAAGGGACGUCAAGGAGAUUAUUAUAUUCUGGUUAUGGAUAUGCUUGGUCCUAGUCUUUGGGAUGUCUGGAAUUCUGUUGGUCAAACAAUGACCCCAAAUAUGACUGCCUGCAUAGCUGUGGAGGCCAUUUCAAUUCUGGAGAAACUUCACUCAGAAGGAUUUGUGCAUGGAGAUAUUAAACCAGAGAACUUUUUACUCGGGCAGCCAGGAACUGCUGAUGAAAAGAAACUUUUCCUUAUUGAUCUUGGUUUGGCAUCAAGAUGGAAAGAAACUUCAUCUGGCCAGCAUGUUGAAUAUGAUCAAAGACCGGAUAUUUUUAGGGGAACAAUCAGGUAUGCAAGCGUACAUGCACAUUUAGGACGUACAGGUAGUAGGAGGGAUGACUUGGAAUCAUUAGCCUACACAUUGAUAUUUCUCAUUAGGGGAAGAUUACCUUGGCAAGGUUACCAGGGAGAUAACAAGAGCUUUCUUGUUUGUAAGAAGAAAAUGGGUUCGCCUGCAGAACAACUAUGCUGUCUCUGUCCAGCCCCAUUCAAACAAUUUCUAGAGGCUGUGACAAAUAUGAAAUUCGACGAAGAACCAAAUUAUUCAAAGCUUAUUUCUCUCUUUGAUAGUUUGAUUAACCCAUGCACUUUCUUGAGACCUAUCAGGAUUGAUGGAGCUCUAAAGGUUGGGCAGAAACGAGCUCGAUUGCUUGUAAACCUUGAAGAGGAUGAGCAACCUAAGAAAAAGUUCCGAUUAGGAAGCCCAGCAAGUCAGUGGAUUUCUGUUUACAAUGCUAGGAGACCCAUGAAACAGAGAUACCACUAUAAUGUAGCAGAUGGAAGACUUCAACAACAUAUAGAAAAGGGAAUGGAAGAUAAUCUAUAUAUCAGUUGUGUGGCAUCUUCUUCAAAUCUCUGGGCCCUUAUUAUGGAUGCAGGAACAAACUUUUCUUCCCAGGUUUAUGAAAUAUCACCUGUAUUCUUGCAUAAGGAGUGGAUUAUGGAGCAAUGGGAGAAGAAUUACUAUAUAAGUGCGAUAGCUGGUACAAACAAUGGGAGUUCAUUAGUUGUGAUGUCCAAAGGAACCACUUAUACUCAGCAAUCCUAUAAAGUUAGUGAAUCAUUUCCUUUUAAGUGGAUCAAUAAGAAGUGGAAAGAAGGAUUUCAUGUUACAUCCAUGACUACGGCAGGGAGUCGCUGGGGGGUAGUCAUGUCAAGGAACUCUGGCUACUCUAACCAGGUAGUAGAAUUGGAUUUCCUUUAUCCCAGUGAAGGUAUCCAUCAAAGAUGGGAAAGAGGUUAUAGAAUAACUUCUACUGCGGCUACUCCUGAUCAAGCCGCUUUGAUUUUGAGCAUACCAAAAAGGAAAAUGAUGGAUGAGACACAGGAAACACUUCGAACUUCUUCCUUCCCAAGCAAUCACGUGAAGGAAAAAUGGGCAAAAAAUCUCUACAUUGCUUCCAUAUGCUUCGGUCGAACAGUGUGCUGAUACUUGAGCUGGCCUACACUUCUGAGACUGAAAGGAAGCAUAUUGAAGUUGCUCUAACUCGAAAAAGUCUUCAGCGAAGUGCAUCAUACAUGUCUGGCGUCGAUGUUCAUCAUGAGUUGAAUCAAGGAAUGAAACAGGGGCUAGCUGGUAUCUUCUCACCCUGUCAUCUAAUGUGUGUUCUAGAAUUCGAUUCUGGUAGUGGCUACAGAUCCGAAAAUACGAAACCUAAAUGUUUUGUUGCCUCAUCUGUAAUGCAACUGAGAACAAAGGUCAGGCUUUCAGUCUAUGUGGCACUUGUUCUCACCCAAGUGAAAUGGAAAAAAGAGCUAUUUUGGUUUCUGUAUUUUCAAGAACAUUUUGUUUUUAAUAAUUAGUGAUGGAUAACUAUUUAAAUA